AUGCCGGGCAAAACUUCUACCCCGCGCAUCACCAAGUUCACGAACUGCCGCCUGGUUCGCGGCUCGACCUUGGUCGAACAAGAUCUCUGGAUCGACUCGCUGACUGGCAAGAUCUUGAAGGAUCAAGAAGCCUUCUAUGGAUUGCACCUGUCUCCCGACGUCAUUAUUGACCUUGGCGGCCGUAUCCUCGCCCCGGGUAUGAUCGAUGUCCAAUUGAACGGUGCCCAUGGCUUUGAUUUCUCCGUGCCCUGUGAAUCAAAAGAGAAAUACGAUGAGGGUUUGCGCAUGGUCAACCGCGGGCUGGCCCGUACCGGUGUGACUUCCUAUUUGCCGACUCUCGUGAGCUCCACGCCCGAAGUAUACUGGAAGGUUCUCCCCUCCCUCGGCCCGACAGCAGCAACGCACAAACCCGAGGAUGGUGCCGAGUCACUAGGCGCACACGCCGAGGGGCCCUUCAUCAGCGCCGGCCGCAACGGCAUCCACAAAUCCGAAGUCCUGCGCGCCGCGCAAACCUUGGAGGAUCUCCUCCACUGCUACGGCAGCGACAACAUGACUAGCGCGAACCCCAUCAAGAUGAUCACAGCCGCACCAGAAGUCGGCAACAUGAUGGAGCACAUUCCCGAAAUCGUCAAGCGCGACAUCAUCUUCUCCAUCGGCCACUCCGAUGCAACCUACGAGCAGGCCGUCAAGGCAACGCAUCAGGGUGCUCGCAUGAUUACCCAUCUAUUCAACGCCAUGCGGCCCUUCUAUCACCGCAACCCAGGUAUUUUUGGGCUGCUGGGACAGAGUGAGCGCCGAAGGCCGUUCUACGGCGUUAUCGCCGACGGCAUUCACUUGCAUCCUACUUCCAUCAAGAUUGCGUACAAUGCGCACCCGGAUGGGCUCAUCUUGGUGACUGAUGCCAUGCGUCUCUGCGGUCUUCCGGAUGGGGUCUAUGAGUGGACGAACGGCGAACGAAUUGUUAAGACCGGCGCGCGCUUGACGCUCGAGGGUUCUGAUAAGAUUGCCGGAUCUUCCGCUACGCUUAUUGAGUGCGUUAACAACUUCCGUCGCUGGUCGGGUGCGUCGACGGCUGAGGCUAUCAACGCCGUCACUGCUGCGCCGGCACGUCUGCUUGGAUUGGAGGGUGUCAAGGGGUCGUUAGAAGCCGGUGCUGACGCUGAUCUCGUAGUGCUGGGUGAGAGUGACGAUCCAUUUUCUGGCAGUACUUUGACGGUCGAUCAGGUGUGGAAGCUGGGUGCCAAGAUCCACGAUACUGACAAGGCCGCUGUGGCCGCUUAA